GGUCAUCGGCUCCACACGGGCAGCCGUCUGUUCGGCCGCUGCUGGCACGCCGGGGAUGUUGUGGGUUGUAUGAUCAACUUGGAGGACAAAUCCAUGAUCUUCACCCUGAACGGAGAAAUCCUGAUCACCAACAAGGGCUCUGAGCUGUGCUUCGCCGACUUUGACAUUGACGACGUUAUUGUUCUUGGUGUGAUCGGGCCUUUAUUGACCCUCAAGCUCCAAAAAGAGCUCCAUUACUAUCAUUCGGUCAGGAUAUUUGCGGGUCAGGACCCAUCCUGCGUCUGGGUCGGAUGGGUCUCCCCUGACUACCAUUACUAUAGCAACCACUUCAGCCUCAGCAAGAACCGCACAGUGACCGUUACCCUGGGAGACGAGCGGGGCCGCGUGCACGAGAGCGUGAAGAGGAGUAACUGUUACAUGGUGUGGGGUGGAGACGUCACCAGCGCCGCCCACGCGUCCGGCCGCAGCAAUGUGGAUUUAGAGAUCGGAUGCCUCAUCGAUUUGGCCAUGGGUCUGUUAGCGUUCACCGUCAAUGGCAAAGAGCUUCCCACAUCCUACCAGGUGGAGCCCAGCACAAAACUCUUUCCUGCUGUGUUUGUGCGGCCCACAAGCUCAAGUCUCUUCCAGUUUGAACUGGCCAAAAUCAAGAACGCCAUGCCCAUCUCGUCGGCUAUCUUUAAGAGCGAACACAAGAAUCCCGUUCCUCAGUGUCCUCCACGACUGGACGUCCAGACCAUUAACUCGGUGCUCUGGAGCCGAAUGCCCAACACCUUCCUGAAGGUGGAGACGGCCCGUGUCAGCGAGAGGCACGGAUGGAUGGUCCAGUGUGUGGAAGCGCUGCAGAUGCUGGCUGUACACAUCCCCGAGGAGAACCGGUGUGUGGACAUCAUGGAGCUGUCGGAGCAGGAGGAGCUGCGUAAGUUCCACUAUCACACGCUGAAGCUGUACUGCGCUCUGUGUGCUCACGGGAACACGCGUGUGGCUCACGCGCUCUGCAGCCACCUCGACCAAUCGCAGCUGCUCUACGCCAUCGACAACCAGUACCUGUCGGGGAUGCUGCGCGAGGGCUUUUACGACGUCCUCAUCAGCGUGCACCUGGAGACGGCCAGAGCUGCCCGCCGCAUGAUGAACAACGAGUUCAUCAUCCCCGUCACGGCCGAGACGCGCAGCAUCCGCCUCUUCCCCGACGCCUCCAAACAGCACCAGCCUCCAGGCGUCGGGCUCAGCACGUGCCUCAAACCCAGACUCAGCUUCGGCCCGCCGUGCUUCAUCAGCAGCAAGCGCGAGCAGCACCUGUACAGCCCAGAGAUCCCGCUGGAGGUGCUGAAGGAGAGGGCCAUCCGCAUGCUGACGGAGGCUGUGCAGGGCGGAGGAGACCACAUCCGCGACCCCGUGGGCGGAAGCGUGGAGUUCCAGUUCGUGCCGAUCCUGCGGCUCAUCGGUGCACUGCUCACCAUGGGAGUCCUGACCAGCCGCGACGUGCACAAGAUCCUGCUGCUCAUCGAGCCCGGCGUGUUCGGCGAGCACAGGGACGACGGCGCCAAAGAGGGGCUGACGGGAGCCGAGGAGAAGGCGGUGGAGGCCGGAGAGGAGGAGGAGGCCAGAGACGGGAAAGAGCUGGUGAAGAGUCUGCUGGAGAAGAAACUCCCCGAGUCUGUCAAACGACAGUGGAAUCUGGACUCACUGACGGUGAAUCUGAACCUCGCUGAACGAGCUCUGGACGGAGGGAUUCCAGUGGAGGAGGAUGAGGAGGAUCAGGACUCGUCUAUCAAAGCUCGUCUGCUCGCUCUCGUCUACAAGAUCAAAGGUCAACCGCAGAGAUCUGAGCGCGAGCCCACGGAGAAAGAACAGAGCGCUCCCU